GAAGCGCGAGCGCCGGCGCCGCCGUCAGAGCCGAGCGGCCACAGCGAGCCCGCGGCUCCGCUCCGCUCCGCUCCGCGCCCGCCCGGCUCCCGGCCGUCCUCGGCCGCCGCCCGCGCCCCCCGCGGCAGGAGGCGGCGAGGGACCAUGGCUGACGUCUUCCCGGCCGCCGAGCCGGCGGCGCCGCAGGACGUGGCCAACCGCUUCGCCCGCAAAGGGGCGCUGAGGCAGAAGAACGUGCACGAGGUGAAGAACCACCGCUUCAUCGCGCGCUUCUUCAAGCAGCCCACCUUCUGCAGCCACUGCACCGACUUCAUCUGGGGGUUUGGGAAACAAGGCUUCCAGUGCCAAGUUUGCUGUUUUGUGGUUCACAAGCGGUGCCAUGAAUUUGUUACUUUUUCUUGUCCGGGGGCGGAUAAAGGACCGGACACAGAUGACCCGAGGAGCAAGCACAAGUUCAAGAUCCACACGUACGGCAGCCCCACCUUCUGUGAUCACUGCGGCUCCCUGCUCUACGGACUCAUCCACCAGGGGAUGAAAUGUGACACCUGUGAUAUGAACGUGCACAAGCAGUGCGUGGUCAACGUGCCCAGCCUCUGCGGGAUGGACCACACGGAGAAGAGGGGCCGCAUCUACCUGAAGGCCGAGGUCACGGAUGAAAAGCUGCACGUCGCAGUACGAGACGCGAAAAACCUAAUCCCUAUGGAUCCAAAUGGGCUUUCAGAUCCUUAUGUGAAGCUGAAACUUAUUCCUGACCCCAAGAACGAGAGCAAACAGAAAACCAAGACCAUUCGCUCGACGCUGAACCCCCGGUGGGACGAGUCCUUCACGUUCAAAUUAAAACCUUCUGAUAAAGACCGGCGACUGUCUGUGGAGAUCUGGGACUGGGAUCGAACCACACGGAAUGACUUCAUGGGGUCCCUUUCCUUUGGGGUCUCGGAGCUGAUGAAGAUGCCGGCCAGCGGAUGGUACAAGCUGCUGAACCAGGAGGAGGGCGAGUACUACAACGUGCCGAUCCCCGAAGGCGACGAGGAAGGCAACGUGGAGCUCAGGCAGAAAUUCGAGAAAGCCAAGCUUGGCCCUGCCGGCAACAAAGUCAUCAGUCCCUCCGAGGACAGGAGACAGCCUUCCAACAACCUGGACAGAGUGAAGCUCACGGACUUCAACUUCCUCAUGGUGCUGGGCAAAGGCAGCUUUGGGAAGGUGAUGCUGGCCGACCGGAAGGGGACCGAGGAGCUGUACGCCAUCAAGAUCCUGAAGAAGGACGUGGUCAUCCAGGAUGACGAUGUGGAAUGCACCAUGGUGGAGAAGCGGGUGCUGGCCCUGCUCGACAAGCCACCGUUCCUGACGCAGCUGCACUCCUGCUUCCAGACAGUGGACCGGCUGUACUUCGUCAUGGAGUACGUCAACGGCGGAGACCUCAUGUACCACAUCCAGCAGGUCGGGAAGUUCAAGGAGCCGCAAGCAGUGUUCUAUGCGGCAGAGAUUUCCAUCGGGCUGUUCUUUCUUCAUAAAAGAGGAAUCAUUUAUCGGGACCUGAAGUUAGACAACGUCAUGCUGGACUCGGAAGGACACAUUAAGAUCGCGGACUUCGGGAUGUGCAAGGAGCACAUGAUGGACGGCGUCACGACCAGAACCUUCUGUGGGACCCCCGACUACAUCGCCCCGGAGAUAAUCGCCUAUCAGCCGUACGGGAAGUCCGUGGACUGGUGGGCCUAUGGCGUCCUGUUGUACGAGAUGCUGGCCGGGCAGCCUCCGUUCGACGGCGAGGACGAGGACGAACUGUUCCAGUCCAUCAUGGAGCACAACGUCUCAUACCCCAAGUCCUUGUCCAAGGAGGCCGUGUCCAUCUGCAAAGGGCUGAUGACCAAGCACCCCGGGAAGCGGCUGGGCUGCGGGCCCGAGGGCGAGCGGGACGUGCGGGAGCAUGCCUUCUUCCGGAGGAUCGACUGGGAGAAGCUGGAGAACCGCGAGAUCCAGCCACCCUUCAAGCCCAAAGUGACUUUCUGCACCAAAAUGCACUGGCUUCAGUGGGCGUCCAGGCCUUCGUGCGGCAAAGGAGCAGAGAACUUUGACAAGUUCUUCACGCGAGGGCAGCCUGUCUUGACGCCGCCCGACCAGCUGGUCAUCGCUAACAUCGACCAGUCUGAUUUUGAAGGCUUCUCAUACGUCAACCCCCAGUUCGUGCACCCCAUCCUGCAGAGCGCGGUGGAGGCCUGAAAACUGUAGGGUGGUUGUCCCCGCGCGCUCGGCUGCGUCAUCUCAGCGGAAGAUGACGUCACGUCAGCAUCCGCUUUACGUAGAGGUGACAUCUGGCGGGGGUUUGACCCUUCCUGGAAAGCAAACAGACUCUGGCCCCAUUUUUUUUUUUUUUUUUUGGUACUGUUUGAUGUGUUUCCCAAACCCUCUGUUGAUUUUCACCAUCCAGAUUUCCCGAUCAGAGAUGUUCAAAUGAACCCACACAGUCUAGGGGGCCGGAAACACCUCCACCCACCACGUCUUUGGAAUAAAAGAAUGGGGGUCCCAGAGUGAAAGCGAGGCAGGACUUGGGGGUUGGGGGGGGGGCGCUUCAGAAAACCCGCCGCUUGUGUCCUCUGCCUCCAUGGACACUGUCCCCAGAACCCGAGAGGCUGGGAGAAGUCUAAUCCAGUUUGCAAGCUCACUGCUCCCAGGCGCUGACGGUUGUAACCCGCUCAUGGUUUUCCUACUGCGGUCACUGGUUUAGAAAAAGAGGAAGAGAACCCUAGAUGGGUGUUGGGGGUAUUUGUCAUCUUGUACCCGACUUGGUUGAUAACUGUUUUGCUACUUGCAUUUCUUUUUAAGAGGCCAAAUCUUCUAAGGAAUCCGCUAAAAGAGCACAAGAAAUCAGAUCAAGGACAGACCAGUGUGUGUGCGUGUGUGUGUGUGUGUGUGAGAGAGAGAGACAUUCAUAGUCUCCGGGAGAUGACUCUGGUCCAGGGUGCCAUCAGCCAUCAUGCCACUACUCAGUGUUGUUAGCCAACCCCGCCCACACACUGCCGUUUCACUGCCUGCUGCCUGGGGAGUGGAAGCGUGCGCCCCAGCCCUUUUGUACUUAUUUAUUGAACCGGUUGUGGUGUCCACGAGAGUACGAUGUACAGUCAGCUCACCCAGUGUGGCUCCAGCCGCAGCCCCAGGGCCCAGUCCCCCCGUCCCCGUCCGCUGAGAUGAGCAGCAGUACAGUUUCGGUCCCUCCAUGUGUCAUGUCGAGUGACGCGCCUGGCGCUGCAGAGUCAGGAAACCUGGAUGCCUAUCAGCUCAGAGAGGCUUUAUUGCUGGAAGGAUUUUAAUAUGUUUUGCAAAUGCAUCAUGCAAUGAACUUUGCAUGUUUAUAAUAAACAAUAACAAGUGAAUCUAUAUUAUUGAUAUAAUCGUAUAAAGUAUAAAGAGAGUAUUAUAAUAAUUUUAUAAGACACGACUGUGCUAUAUUUGUGAAGGCUCUUGUUUCUAACUCGCUUCUCUGGUUAAGUUUUAGCUUCCUUCCCCUUGCAGAGCUUCCUCUUCCGCACCCCCGCUCUGUGUGUGCCCUGCCUUGGCACUACUGCAGCUUUAUUAAUUUUUUAUUGCAGUAGAUCUAAUUUUGAAAGUGAAUGGCUACUUUACAUGAUCAAUAAGGCAUAUAUAUGUAUAAAUACUUAAUUCUACCUGCAAACAGAAGUUUUAGUUUUGUCUGGGAGAUAAUGUUGAGGUGAGACCCCCUGCCCUUGGCCUCCGAGCACCAUCUGUGCCCUGGUCCUGUGUCACUCUCCCUCCUGGGGCUGCGGGGACCUUCCAGCUCCAGGGGGCCCAGGCCACGGGUGCCGCUGUGGCGUCAUCACGGUCCCAGGCCAGACUUGCUUUGUCUGAUCCGUUCUCUCCUGCAGCCUAGCUGCUGCUAGUGACACGGGAAGCCCUUCCUGACGUGGGUGCGUGGACGCCCUGGGAGCGUGCCAGCCCUGGCACAACCCACCAUCCGCUCCACACCUGCAGACAGCGAGGCCAGGCCUGAGCGGUCCGCAGACGCUCUUGGGAGGCCGGGCACUCUCUCCAGGCCUUGAGGGGAGCACACCUGUGAGACAGCGUCACGGCGAGGGCCUGGGGGGAGCCGGCCGCCAACAGCAGGAAGAGCGUUUUGAAGGACGUGGUUGUCAGUCCUCACGGGGGUGCUCUGUUCCCCAUUGUUCCCCAAAGUGUCUCCCAGUGACAUGUCUUCUCAUUUUUACGUUCUGGCUCUUUCCUGAUUCUCAGCUGGCACACCACCCCUGAGGGGCCUUAAGAGACGAGAGGCCUCGCCCGUCCUGGGAACUUGUGAUUGGAGGAGGUGGCAGGUAGGAAAGAGGUUAGACCAGGUUAGACCAGCAAAGAGGAGCUUCUUCGGCCACCGUUGCUGGACUGUGGGCCCCCGUGGGGGGUCUGUGCAGGUCUGGCCCAUCUUCCCCAAUACCUCAUUUGGUCUGAUGGAAAGAGACCCAGGUAUAGAGAGAACCCAAGAAACAGAGCCAGUCACCCUGCCCUGGAGUGGAGCGACCCCAGGACGGGUCCCUAGGCAGGCGCCUGGCGAGGGGAGGGCAGUCCAGGAUGGCGGCUCUGACCGACCGAGAGCUCCCCAGCAAGCGCUGAGCCGGGGAAGCCGCUCUGUCCUCCCGUGGCCAACACGCUUCCAAGUAGUCCCUCUUUCUCUGGAACCUUGCUCCGCAUCCCAGCUGGCUUCCAUCCUUUCUGAACGUGCGGAAACCCCCGUGUGGGGCCAGCCCUGCGGAAGUGGCUAUGGGCUUGAGGACAGACUUGGGGGAAACCGGGGAAGAUGAGGGUCAGCGGAGGGUCACCGUGGUGGGGCGUGUCGGUGCGUGGCUGUGCCCUGAAUUUAGAUCAAAGCUGAUGCUUUUUAAGAAACUGAGCAUCCCACGAUAGUUCUGUUGAAAGUACACGCCAUGUAGGUGACGGUUAGCAGAGUGGAUUGAACCAAUGUUCUGUGGAUUCACCUCUUCAUGGGGGUCUGGUAAAAUUAAGCCCAGGGAGGAGCUGCCAAGGGUUGGAAUAAGGAGGAGGCCUCAAGGGGUCAGGCCCCUGAGCAACCCUGGAAGGACCGGGCAGUAUCCCUGGGGCCUGUGGGCCCAGCAGCAGCAGGACCUGGGGGAAUCCAGACCCCGUGGCUCCAGAGGCCAUUCAGAAUGUUGCGUGCCUUUCCUGCUGGAGGCGGCCGCUGGGGCGGGAUGGUCCUGUGAGGCUGCAGGCCCGCGGGGAGGGGGUGGCCCCUCCUCUUGGCAUCUUGUUUAAACCCACAGGGGCCUGGUUUGAGGAAGCACCUGGAGUGCGCGGCCUGCAGAGGUUCCCGGGAGGUCCGUGCGGGCCAGGAGGUCGCAGGGAGCCCCAGGUCCGGGCGAUGGCUCUUGUCACAUCUGCGUGUGCGCCCCCAUGACUGAGCUCACCGUCCCGCAGGAUCAUUGCCCGCUGUGUCCUCGGAGGGAGGUGUGUUAGGCUUUCUUAUCAGGAAUUUGGGAGAAAAUCAGAGGGUGAAGAGGUCUUUGGAAACCCGGGCUGAGAAGAUCGGAUGGAAGACCCCGAGGACCCAGGUUGAUGUGCACUGUGGAUGAGCACGGUCUGUGGUGGGGCACGGGGACGCAGGGGACGGGCCCCGAGGGCCCCUGCUGCGCUCUGGGCCGGGAGAGGUCGUGGGAGGGGGCCGAGGGGUCCAGGCAAGGGUGGGCUUGGGCGCAGAAGGACUGACGGACGCCCGCAGCAGGAGGAAGCCGGGAAGUGGGGAGAGCCCCUGGGAGGGCGUAGCUAUUCCCGGAGGCUUGAGAGCGCGUUUGCUGCUCCUGCCCCCAGAGCGUCCAAGCCCCUCACCCUGUGAAGGGGCUCCCCGCUCUGGGUAGGGCCCGAGUGUCCUGCAGGCGGGCCGACACCCGCUUUCCCCAGUGGCUUCCUGCAGCCCGGGGCGGGGGUGGGCAGACAGGGCAAAAUCGCUGGACUUCGCAGGCGCCCUACACACCCAGGGCACCGAGCAGAAGUCUGAGUGUAUUGCUGGGGGUGGUUCCUCAGAGCUGCAGGAAGGCAGAGUGGGGGCCGUCCGGUUUUAAAGCCCCAGAAAGGAAGCGUCCCGUGUCGGGCACCUUCUCACUGCCGUCUGGUGCAGUCACCUCUUCUCAUCCACCGCCUCCUGCUUCUCGAAGCCCCACAGGGACAGCCACGUCUGUUCUCCUGCCAGGGGCCCGAAACAUCCUCAUGGCCCUGGCACCGGGUAGGGAACCGGAGAUGACUCUUGGGAUCCGGGGAGCAGGGGAGAAAAGGUCCCCUGGCUGGUAGUCACCACGCUGGAAUCUAACAGGGAGUGUUGGGAGAUGUCUUUUAAAACCUUUUCCUUGAGUUACUUGGGUUUACUUUAUGAAAUAUAGUGACUGUCAGCGUUCCUACCGUUUCCCGUUUGGGCAGAGGCAGCCAUCCAACAAAGCUGUGUCUGCUGUUAGAAAAGUCACCUGCGUCACACUUGGGGGAAGGCAGCCAUAGAGAAACGACGCGGCCACGAUUCUGUUAAUCCUGUAAUGUCGGGGCCCUCAGGAGGGUUCAAAGCUGAGAUUAGGACCCCAGUGCCUCUGAUCUGUGUGAUCAGCCGAUAGUUAAUAAUUGUGUGUGUCCAACUCAGUCAUCAAACAGCCUUAUGAUAACCCGCACUAUGGCCCACAGGCUCCAAAGACUUUUUGAAACCUUAUGGAAAAAACUAAUUUGUUCAUUCCAACAGAACAUCUGAAUAUACUGGGCUAUUUGUACUUUUUUAUAGAGAACUUUAAUAAAUCAAUUCUUCUUUAAAAUGAGUUUUUAAAAUAAAACUCAUUUAAUUUUAAAAUGAGUUCAUAAGAUUUCAUAAGAUCCCAAUGAUUCCAAUGAUUUCAUGAGAUCCCAAUCACUAGGAGCCUGUAGGACUCAGCUGGGGUGGGCCACCUGGAGUGCCCCAGACCUGCACUCUGCUGCAGGGUUGUCUCCCGCUAGCGGGGUAUGGUGGCCCCCUCACAGUGACUGGAAGUCCAGAUGGGACGUGUUGGAAGAAUGAUGUCCCUGAUGUUUUUAAUAGACAGUGGGCACCACUGUCUAAAGUCUGAAAACUCUGGACCACGAGAAAGAAGCUUUCUGUUCUCUGUACAGAUGUAGCUCCAGGAUUGGGGGGGGUCCCUGGGGCCCCUUUUCUUGCUCCUCAAGGCUCUGCAGCCACCUUUUGGCCUGGGAGGGGGUGUUUCCUCUGCUCUGUCUCCCGUCCCUAGGGUCCCCAGGUCUCAGUUAUUUGGGAAAAGUUCAGUGAUGCAGUGUAAGAAUGUGUGCAGUUCUUGGGGUCUCCCCGAGCAGGCAGCUCAGAACUGCUCCAACAUCCAGAGAAAAGCGGCAAGCGUGCCCAUCAGCAUCACCUCUCGUGUGAGCAGACAGGACCCCUGUUUGUCAGAAAAACCCCUGUUUGUCAGAAAAACCCGUUUGUCAGAAAACAGUAUCAAGUCUACUUUCUAAGAACAUUUUUCUAAAAUAAGACAAAAGGUGGCAUCGCAUCUUCUGAUUAGACAACUGUGUCCUCGUCUCCUCAGCUUCACUCCAGGAGGUUUUAUUCCUGUGACUGUUGGUGGACUUUUGUUGAUACUCUCCCUGGGAAAAUGUGAUUCUUUUCUCGAGGGUUCUAUUCAAAAUCAUCCAUGAAGGCUGUGAUUCUUCUGAGUCUAAAAAUUCACCUCCUAUCUCCUCUAUUAGACUCUUUCAGAAUAUCUUUUAUAGAUGAUCAGAAACGUUUGAAAUCAUUGCUUUUGCUCUCGUUGGGGGGAGGGUUGAAGGACACACCAGGUUUAAAUCAUUAAUUGAAAACCAUCCUGUGUCAAUCAGACCCCAAAUCUGUGUGGAGGAGGCAGGGUUGGCGGGUGCGGUUUCCCUUCUGUAUGAGCACCUGCCUACUGAUGACGGGUGAAGGCUGUUCAGCUGUCUGGUCAUGUUUGGUUUAUCGUGACCGAGACGGGUGUGCAAACUGCUGCCUUGCUCUAACACUGUCCCCUCUGAUCUCCGUUUGCAUGAUGUGCUCUGUUAGAUACAUUAACUGUAGUUUGGAAGCCCGUGUGUUCGAAUAAAGACAAUGACCAUC